AUACAUUUCCUUAUUUCCAAUAGAAACUUUGCUUAAUUCUAUUUCAACGACCAUCUCAACCUUCAAUAAACCAUGUUGCCCAGUCCCUUAAAUUCUGUAAACUGAACUCGCUAAGAAAUGGUCUCACCAUGAGAUACAGUAGCUAUUUUAGCACAUUUGGAUCGUAUUACACGCACAGUUUUUAAUAUCGAACUAAAUAGUUUUGACAAUUUUCGCCGUAAGAAUUUUACAAAACCAGGCCCGAGGACAAUUUUCAAAUUUAAUCUUGUCCAAUGGGAUCCCGUCAAGUGAAGAGGCUGAAAUGUCCGAAAUGUUCAAAACUUAUCACAACCAAUAAACGUUUCGAGAAACAUCUCCGAAUGCAUGUAACUGCAAAAUGUGACAUUUGCGUACAAACCUUUGCCAAUUCCGGUGGUCUGCGACAGCACGUAGGACGGUUCCACAGUGGCCGACCGAAACACAGGUACAAGAUUUGUCUCCGAGAAUUUAAACGGGCACGGGAUUUACUCGGCCAUAUGGCAAACAUUCACGACACAUCAGAACGACCACGACAUCCGUGCACUUUUCCAGGCUGUGGCAAAACCUAUCAGAACAUCGGGUCGAAAAUUCGCCACGUUAAGAUUCAACACUCCCAGAAUCCUGUCCGAUUCUCGUGCACCCUUUGUGGACACAAGGCCAAAUGCCGAGGGGAGCUGGACCGUCAUGUUAGAACGCAUACGACGGAGAGGCCCUAUUCAUGCCGAACCUGUGGGGCAAGAAAGGCCCAAAUUAGCGAUUUAAGGACUCAUGAGCGUACCCACCAGAACAUUACUACCAGACAAAAGUUCCCUUGCAGACUUUGUUCAAGCAUCUUUAUGAGCAGGACUGGAUUGCUGGGUCAUAUUAAAACUUACCACGAAAAUUACGAGUAUCCAUGCAUCCAGUGCGGGAAAGUGUUCAUGUCAAUAUCUGGCUUAACGACGCACAAAAUGACGAAACACUCGUUAAACAAGGAGCCACUUUAUUCUUGUGGGAAAUGCGAGUUCAAAGGUUGGCUUAAAGGCGACCUUACCCGUCAUCUUACCCGCGUGCACGGCGGUCUGAAGACCAAGGAGUGCUACUUCUGCGAUAAAAAAUAUUACAGUUUUUAUCUAUUAGUUCAACACUGCCGAAGGCAUACACUGGAGUGUGAAGUAUGAAAUUAUCUAUGUUUCGGAAGAUUGAGUUUCUGUCGAGAAUGAAAUAUGUGUGAACUGUUUUUAUUUGAAUGUUCAACUUAUCAUGCAUAUUUAGAUAUUUUUGAUUCGGAAAUAAAUAUACGUAACGUAACGUAUGCUUUGUAUUUUCAA